GUUUAUUUAUUUUUGAGACAGAGAGAGACACAGCAUGAACGGGGGAGGGGCAGAGAGAGAGGGAGACACAGAAACUGAAGUGGGCUCCAGGCUCUGAGGGGUCAGCACAGAACCAGACGCAGGGCUCGAACUCACGGACCGAGAGAUGGUGACCUGAGCCGAAGUCGGCCGCUUCACCGACUGAGCCACCCAGGUGCCCCAAGAGUGAUUCUUAAAGUGAGCCCAGAAGUGUAAUAUUCCACUGGUAUAGAUAUUUUUGUCAAUGAACCGUUUAUUUGUCUCACGAUAUCUCGGUCUUGAAAAACUCUCACGUUACUGGUUGAUUAACCACAACUGGGACUUUUGUGUCUUCACCGUCUGGCAGAGAGGGGCGCAAUCUCUGUGGUUUCAUCUCUGUGGCUCAGGCAUUGGCAGGGCUGCAUUAGACGCAAGAGGCUCUUAAACGGAAGCAAGGUUGAUGAUCCCCUGUCUACCAUUCCGUCAUGAUCAUUCACAAAGCAUCUUCCGUGCUUAGUUGCCUGUGCCAGUUCUGGUGUUUAUUUUCUGGCGUGUCUUCCGAGGAAAUCACACAUGAAGGUCUAUGCCCUUAGAAGGGGGUCAUCAACACCCUCAGUGUCCAUAGGACAGACUUAUCCCAGAAUGUUGUAGGUGCUCAGGAAGCGUGUGCUAAAUUUGAAGAAUUUGUGAAUGAAUCAUAAACUAAGUUAUAGACAGGGCAGGAUUGAGUUUGUGGAGAGGGUCAGGAAGGGACUCAGGGCAGCCCAGUUUAAAGGGCACGCUUCUUCACAUCACCAUAGUGGACAAGGGAAGUGUUACACCCAGGCCAGCUAUGUGUUAAGGUGUUAGUUUGUAGUGCCACGUGUAAAAUGAGUUGACCCCUCCUGUCUCCCCAACAGCCUUUCUAGUCUUCUCUCCUAAUUCUCCCCAAUAAAGUGCAUUUUGCUCUCUUCCGUAGACAUUCUCCAGGGACAUUAAUACUCUCUUACCGCACAGGUCUUAGCUCAUUUUAUUCUUUCCUCUGCUUGGUGAAAUCCUUAUCCUUCAAGGCUCAGUAUACAAUGCUGUCCAUGCCACGAAGCAUUCUCUGCUUGCCCAACCAGAAGUGUUUCUCUUUACAGUUCUUUAGAGCUUUACUUACACCUCUGUGCAAUACUUACCACACAGCGUCAUCUACUGUCAUUGUUUACAAAUGUGUUUGUCUCAGGUACUUGAUGAUAAGCUUCUUAAGCUUCUCAUACAUUUGUUUUUAUUGUCCAACAUGGUUUCUUGCACCAAGCACAGACUUGGCCAAUACUGGAAGGAAGGAAGGAAGGAAGGAAGGAAGGAAGGAAGGAAGGAAGGAAGGAAGGAACUGAGAGAAGAGAGAAGGAGGGAGGGAAAAAGGAGUGGCAAGAAGGGAGGGAGGACUAAUAAAAAGCAGUGGAAGAAACUUUAGAGGUCUCCUCCUCUUUAUAUCAGUUUCCUCUGUAACAUCCUCAGGUGUUUCAGUAAAAAUUGUUUAUGUAUUUGUUUAUUUUGAAAAUAAUUCAGCUUAUGUACUAAGAGUUUUAUUUUCCCUUUCUGGGAAAUAGGGGAAAUGAUCGAUAAGAAAGGACACUGAAAUUUUGACAAAAUACAGAAAUGUAAAAUACUAUUUUUAUAGGGAGAAAAUAAUAAAAAUUAUCACGAGACAGUGAGCAAUCACUUAACUUUACUGAUUUUUUUUCCCCUGAAAGAGGCCACUAUUAAUCAUUUCUUGCUAUUCUGAGCAUGUAUUUGUGCUGCUGCAGAUUUCCGGGCUCUUUUUGUCAGUUCGAGCCAUUCUUCAGUAUGGAAGUGACAAGUGGUGAUGGUGGGAAACUGACAGAAUGAGGCGCAGGGAUGAGUCUUGCUCAUUUUUCGGGAUGGGGGUGGAGACGUAGAACCUUCUUACAAGCAUUUAGUAUUUCUUCUGCCGUUUUCGAUGUGAGUGAAUGGUGGCCGUAUCUAAAAUAUAUCUCAGACAAAAUCUCCUCUAUGUCACCUUUUUAUGCCCCUUCCCCCCAAAAACAGCCCACAUAUUUAAGGGCGACAUCACUCAUACAUAUUCCAUGGUUGUCCACUUUAACCUUAAAAGGCUAGAGAAAUUUCUUUUCUUUCUGUGUUUGUAUUUUCUAGCUAGCCAGCGAAAGGGAAGCCCCUGGUGGUCUGGGGGUAUUUAAGCAUGCUUCUGCUGGUGGCUGCAAAAUGUGUGUGGUGUUUGUUCUUGGGCAAGCAGGCUCCUCCUGCUUACCUUUUGUUCCAUUCCUUUAAUAUCAUCAUGUUCCUCAAGCCAUACUGCUCCAAUAUUUUCCUCUGUUCACUGGAUUGGGGGGAAUUUUCACAUCCUAAUGCAAACACAUGGUUCACAGUCCUCAACAACUAGUCUUGGUUAAUCCUCUCAGUUUCUUUUGUGGCCCAUUCUGGGAUAGAAAUUAAGGGAUGGGUGUGGACACAGACCUAGGCAGCUAGGUAGAGCCAUUUUUCAGAAGAAAAUAUGCCUGUGCUGCAAAUAAGCAUCAUCCACAGCAACUAAGAUUUAUCUUGUUCUGUUAAUUAGACAGAGUUCAUGAGUCAGUAUCUAAUGAUGCUAUAAAACCGUUAGCAUCAUAGAAAUUAUGGUGACUGAUGGGAAUUAAGAGUUCAUAGUCUUGGUGAUUUCAAGUUAAGAAAUCCAUACCUGGAACAAACCAGAGGGAAUUAGCAUAUACACAGAUUAGUAGAUUUCCAGUACUCAAAAGUCUCAGUAGCUUUCAGGGCCACAACCUUGCUUUAGCCGUGUAUCUUCUAAAAAAAAAAAAAAAAAAAAAAAAGAGAGAAGCCAUACUAGGGACCUUCCAUGCACGGACGAAACGAAAGACAAGUUGAGAGUAUGACUUUGAAAAUUUCAGUUGGUCAGUCGAUAAAGCCUGGUUUGCUGCAAGGAUGAGGAGUUCACUGAAGUUAAUUUUAGAAGGGCAACUUGGAAAGUGAUUCUCGUGGAAGCCAUCAAUAAAGAAGUAAAGCUAGACAUUGUAAAUUAGAAAGUCAUCAGAGAGCCAGUCCCUCUGUUUGCAUUUCCACAGUGUCUCUUCACUGAACAUCUUUGUUCUGCCUCUCUACACCAGCUUCUUCUCUCUGUGCGCUGGCUUUUCUCUGCCGUAUCUUUGGCUUGGGCUCCAAAAUGCCACCUGGCCUUAACAUACAGAUGCUGUGAAGCCUCCGUUGUCCGUGCCUUCUGAUGACAGUUUCUGUGUCUCUUGUGUGAAAAUAUGAAGACCGAUUGAGUAAGCAUGGAUCAGGUGUCCCUAUCUGCCCCAGUCAGCUAUGGUAAGAGGCAGGACUUCUGGUGUAAAGAUGGCUUCCCUUUAUGUCUCAGGGCGUAAUUCAUUCAGAAAUUGAACUCUGUCUUCAAGAAAUGCAAAUAAAUCAUCAGCCUAAAAUACAAGAGGAAGCAAAUGAAGGAGAUUGGAAGGUGACCGUUGUCACUGGGGAUCUUGAAAAUGCUGGUACCACAGCAACUGUAUCCCUUUAUGUCCAUGGGGAGGCGACAUGUUCAGGUCCUAUUAUUUUGGGAUCUGGGAAAUACCAGCUAUUCAACUCUAACAGUGCAGAUAUAUUCAAGAUUGAUCUUAAAGAUAUUGGUGACAUCUAUAAAACACGCAUUGGACAUGACAACAGUGGACAGGAUCCCGGGUGGUGUCUGGGAGAAAUUAGCCUUGAAAAUAUAGACACGUGUGAGGUGUUUUGUCUCACUGUUGACUCCUGGAUUGCCGAGAAUGAAAAUAAUGGAGGUCCGUGGAAAGAGAUGCCCACUGUAAGAACCAAUAAAGCACCUUUGCCAGAUGGUUUGAUGAGUACCAAGAUGAUGGCCGGACCGCACGAGAGUUGUUCGCACAAAGUGGCUACAGUGCAGGAGAGACGGAGCCUGUGGCCUCCCGGGGCCAGCGUUCCACCAUGCCUCCAAAAGGCUUUUGAUCUGGUGGUGAUAGUGUGUUUGCCCCUUCCUUCUACUGGAGCAAACACCUGGGGAGGGUCGACUUGUACUGGACACGUCCUUCGCUUUUGAGAACUUCAACGGUUGGGAGAAGAAUCAGCCGG